GAGAGAAAGAGAGAGAGAGGAAAGUUGUGGCUGUAGAAGUUAUCAAGGGGGAUUUGCGGCGUUCUCUGCAGGAAACGAGAGCGGGCUCCAGUUCAAAGCCACAUGCACCAACGUGACAUAUAAGCCAUUAAAAUAUCAUCCUGACGGCUCAUUUCUGCUCCAUCCCCCAUCCCCGAUCGGCGCCCCCGAAAGCCAGAAGAGGCGAGAUGAGGCCGGGCCGCCGGGCCGGAGCUGCCCAAGAGCCGGUCCCUGGGCCCGGCCCCUGCCCUCGCCGCCGCCCCAAGUGACGGGCCUGAAGGAGCAAAAACCAAGCAACAGGUGAAGCGGGAGACGAAGUCAGAAAAUGAGAUUCAAGACUUCCCUGGUGAUGAGGAAGAGAUUCCGACUUUACCGAAACGCCCUGAAAGAGUCAAGUAGCCCCUCCGGACAUCAUGACCGCCACCUCCGCCCCGGCGUUGGGAUCCCCUCUCUGUUCCCCGGACUCCAUCAGCCGCCUGCCCAGGCCGGCCCAGGAGGCCGCCUGAACGGACAGCUCAGGCCGGGGCCCUCUCUGGCCGGGCCCAGCCGGGCUGAACCUUUCAGCCCCGGGGCCUCGGCCAGGACCGAGCCUUCCUCGACGGCCUCCCUGCAGAGCUGCGGGGGCAUGAACCUGAACGUGAGCCUGGCGGCCCACGGGGGCACCGGCGCCUUCUUCCGCUACCUGAGGCAGCCGGUCAAGCAGGAGCUCAUCUGCAAGUGGCUGGAGGCUGGCCCGGGGCCCUCGAGGCUCUGCUCCAAAACUUUCAGCACCAUGCACGAGCUGGUCACCCAUGUCACCGUGGAGCACGUCGGGGGGCCCGAGCAGAGCAACCACAUCUGCUUCUGGGAGGAGUGCCCGCGCGAGGGCAAGCCCUUCAAAGCCAAAUACAAACUGGUCAACCACAUCCGCGUCCACACCGGAGAGAAGCCCUUCCCCUGCCCCUUCCCCGGCUGCGGGAAGGUCUUCGCCCGCUCCGAGAACCUCAAGAUCCACAAAAGGACGCACACAGGAGUUGGAUACAUCUUUUUUUGGGAAAAGCCUUUCCGCUGCGAGUUCGAAGGCUGCGACCGCCGCUUCGCCAACAGCAGCGACCGAAAGAAGCAUUCCCACGUGCACACCAGCGACAAGCCCUACAACUGCAAAGUGCGAGGCUGCGACAAGUCCUACACCCACCCCAGCUCUCUGAGGAAGCACAUGAAAGUGCACUGCAAGUCCCCUCCGCCCAGCUCGGGCUACGACUCGUCCACACCGACCCUGGUGUCCCCCUCUUCCGACCCCGGCCCCGGGCUCGCCCCCCACGAGCCGGCGGCCGACCUGAGCGAAUGAUGUCUACGACGUGGCUCUCAAGGUAGAGGAGACAGCGCAGCUGAAAGGCCGGAUCCUCCGUCUUAGACAUCAAAGGCAGGCCGCACAAAGAAGUAUUUCUUCGCAACGGUGGAUCUUCAUGGUAAGUUAGGAUUUCUAUGGCAAUGGGGAAGCCUCGUCCAGGCCUUUCAUGAAGGACAUAAUAUUUACGUCUAACAGGCCUUUUCUCUUGUGUAUACAAGUAUAUAUUUUUGUUUGACGCGAACUAAAUCAUUUUCGUUUAAUUUCCGGUAAACAAAACCCACGCGAGUUAGCCCUUGUUCCGGAUCAUAAUAAAAAUGGAUAAUAACGGCAGGAAGAAAGGAGCCUCUUGAAUUGAAGCAUCAACUCACUUUGUCUCGGCUCUGUGCCGGGAUCAGAGAGAGCGUUUCCCCGGGCCGGCGGCGGGUUCUAAAGGCGAGGAAAUGGUUUUUCAGGGGGAAGAAAAGGCGAAAGGUCUAAUCAAGCCUGGGUUGUUCAAAGAGUCUGAUUUUGGGGUUGAAAGUGUGAGUUUUAUGGUGAUCAGCAUGCCACGUUAGGAUCGCUAUGGUAAUGAGGGCAGCAAUACGAAGCUGCCUUCAAAGAAGGCACACUCCAUUUGAGACAGUCUAUUAAGAUACAUUUGCGCUGACCUUUGACUCCAGGCUAGUUUGAUACAGUCAAUCCGCUCCCGGGCACAUACACCCUCCUCUGAAAAACACUUUUUUUGCAGACUGGGGGCUGGGGUGUUUGGGGAUGGUAGUGGUUUACUCCACCUUGACUUGGGGGGUUUGGGGGCUAUCCUGAUCGUUGUGCUCCCGAGAUGUGGUGCAGGUGUUGUAGUGUUGUGUUUUGCACAGCAUCGGUUAAUUAAAAAAAAAAAGAAAAAAAGGAGGAGCUGGUUUCUCGGGCUAUCCUUAACCCCUGGAUGAGUGAGAAACUACAAGAGGUCCCUUGGAAACACCUUUAUACACAGAAACUCUAAAGCAUUUCACGCUUCCAUUAUAAGCGUGUUAGUUGAGGGGCGUGGAGGUGGGGGCUCUGUCCCAGUCCUAAGGGGACAGCUCCCACCCCUUCUUAUCCCACACCCCCCGCCCCCCAUCUCCCCUCUCCCAGAAAAGUGUCCCAGGGCAGUCUGGCUGGCCGGGGUACUCUGCCAUUUGCAAGCAGAGUCUUCUGGGGGCUGGAGAGAUCGCUCGACGGGCUUCUGGCGGGGAGGAAGGUCCCAGGAAAGUUAGGAGUCCAUGUUCCCGUAAUUGUCUUGUUGUUUAUUUUAUCCAAGUGCCCCAGUGAAUAGGGGAAAAAUAAACACGGGGGAAAAAAAAUUCAAACAGUUGAGUCGUCUUUAGUGCCAGCCCUUGUGGUUGAAUCAAAAAGGAUGGUCCGCUUUCUAUUGAGCUGGGAAAUCUUUGAAGUGGGACUUAUUAUCUGAGACAUUCCUGCCCGUCGCCCUAACAACGCUGAUGAAACGGAAAAGGUUCUUUGUCAGUGAUCUGUUCCCCUCUCUGUCAAACUGCCCGGCCCGCCGGCCUGAAACCGUUUCUAAAGAGAGAAACCUAACUUUCCCUCGGAUAACUUCAGGCCUCUCGGGCUACACAGCAAAGGCCGAAACUAAGGGGCCAGCAGGGAUGAGACCCUCUUUACGGCUCCCUCGUACCCAGCUGGAUGCGAAGCGGAGGGGAGAGCGAAAGCGAAGGGGGGUGGGGGGCGGGGAGGGUUUCGGAUCUACACACACACACACACACACAUACAAACACACACACACACACGCUCACAAUUGCAGGUCGGGCAAAAUUCGCCGUCCUGCUUUGAUGUGCUGUGGUCAAACCUACCGACAGCUCAUCGGCCUUCGUUGUGCCCUCGAAACAGGGCCCUGGAGUAGUUUGUGCCUCGGGAUUUUCUGUCCCAGUGACCCUCAGUAACCCCCUCCCCUCACUCCACCGCCCGGCGACAGGCCAACACCGCCCAAAAGGGCCACAUCGACUUCCCAAUCACCACCAGCUCGCAACCGACUGGCCCUUUCCAGGAUCCACGAUGACGGAGCUGCCAUGGGGAGAGGGUCACUGCCCGGGGCGCGGUCUCCCCUGGUCCAUUCGACUCGAAUCCGUGAAUUUGGGCGGGGAGCCGCCGCCAAGCGAUGCGUGCGAGAGAAACCCUGCGCUCUCCUUGGGUAUCCGUCCCCUUGGUGUACACUAAGGGGAGAGAAAGUCCUCUUGGUGUGCUUUUCUUAAUGGCUUUAAAAACAGGGAUGUGUAACGUUUGUGUGUGCGUGCGUGUGCGCAUGGGCGUGUGUGGGUAUGAGUGUGUGUGCGUGAUAAGUAGACCACUUGUACAGAAGUUUCUUAAAGCUGUAACCCAUGCUGUUAUUAUGGUUGCUGUAAAAUGUCGUCUUUUAUAUUGAUUUUUAUCUGUUUGCUGGAGAUUCCCAUAUGUUUGUUUACAUCGCUAAUUUAUGGGAAAAUGAAAUGAUCGCAAUGAAUGUGAAUUAUUCAGACAGGAAAACGUUUUGUAACCGUAACUCACCCGAGAAGCCCUACUGAAUCGUUUUACUGUGUCGUUCCCUCCCAGACUAGGUAUGAUUUAUCUCUCCACCGUAGCCGGAGUUCAAGAGCAAAAGUCUCCUUUCCCCUCCCCCAGCACCUCUAUGCCCCUUCUGCAUCUGUCCUAUGACCGAGUGCGAAUCGGUUUUGCAAAGACGCUAACACUACUGAGAGAGCUUAGAUCAUUCUUACUGUAAAUUUGUACAGAAUCGCCCAGUCUGGCCUUCUCCUUCCAAAGAUGGUUCUUUACAAUUGUAUGUGGGGUUUCGUUUUUUCAAUUUUCCGUCUGAAAUAAACGGCAUCUGAGUUUUU